AUGCCUGUAUCUGAGAGUCUAAACUAUUUAGCCAAACUGGAUGGGCCAGUUCAUGGGUGGUUUUGUCAUCUCUGUGUGUGUGUUUGUUGAGACAUUCCUUCUUUCUCUGUCCUACAUUAAAGCAUGCCACACUUCCUAACUGGAUUUCAGUCACUCAGCCUCCCACUUCACACUCCUCUUCUCUGAAGCUAACUCAGACACCGCCACCAUGUCAAAGAAGAUGGUCAUUCAGCAGCCCAAUCACUUUGUUCAGGCCGUCACAUCAAACCAAUGGAGCUCCGACAUCUGUGACUGCACCCAGGAUAUGUCUUCGUGUUGCUUUGCGUUCUGGUGCUUCCCCUGUUUUGCCUGUAUAACAGCGAGAGAGGCUGGAGAGUGUCUGUGCCUGCCUCUGCUAGACGGUUUCGGCGCCAUCCCCCCAGCCACCAUGUCCAUGAGGGUGGGCAUGCGCCAGCGCUACGGCAUCGAGGGCACCAUGUGUAAUGACUGUGUCUAUUCCUUCUUCUGCCCGCCCUGCACCUGGUGUCAAAUGUCACGAGAGAUGAAGGCCCGCCUCCAACCCAUCACUCUCAUCAAUGCACAAACAAGAUAAGGAAAGACCUUGCUCUUUCUCAUACUCCUCUUCAUCAUCACUGUCGCGUAGAGUAGGCUAGAAGGCAAACUGAAAAACCUAACCUCUAUCGAAUAAUAGGAUGGUGGAGCAGCAAAAGUACUUCCGUGCAAGGGUGUUUAUUUAUCUCGUGAAUCUGGAAGAAAAACAACAAUACUGCCAUCAAAAGUAUAAGACAGCUUUUUUUAAUUAAUUCAUAAAAAAUAUAUUGCUGCCCCAUCAACAGCUCAAUCCAACAUGGUCCACCUCCCCCCCCUCAAUCCAACAUGGCCCCCCCCCUUUAAACUGGAAGAGAGGCAGUUUUUGUAGGGGAAGCCCCUCCCAUCAGAACCUACCAAACACGAAUUAAUUAAGCAAUUACCAUUAUCAAAGCCUACAUUUUCCACUCAGCUAAACAUACUGAAUUAUAUACAUUGCACCUUUGCAAUCCGUUUCUCAUGAUACAAUAUACCACAUUUACAAAAUGCCAUUACUACUGACACGGUGUCUUCCGAUAUGCCCAUUCACAUGCACGAGCCAUUCGGGACAGGCACUACAAAGCCAGUCCUACUGCAUACCCGGAAGCUACAGAGACGGAGAGAGAGGGAUAGAACCAAACAAACAGCGCGCACAUUCAUAACAUUGAUAAGUACAAUAAACGUUGCUUAACUUAAA